GAAAACACAUGUUUUUCCUAUUCUCUUCAAAGUUAUUCUCAUCGACAAAACUUAACCCGGGAGCUCUCCUCCUUCACCAAACGCCGCCGAACAACCCCGACGGUUCCUCCCUAAAAAUCCAAUACGCCCCCUUUCAUUUCAGUUCUAUAAAAACCCAGUGCCUUUACCAUGCGAACAAAGAAUGAGAGAAAGAAAGGAAAAAAAAGGGAGAGCCCCUGAAGCAGAACAACCCCCUCCUCCUCUGUUCUUCACGCAGGAAAUGAAUGCCCCCUUUUGUGUUUCGUUUGGUUCUCUGCAGCUCGCCGAGAGAGAGAGAGAGAGUGAAUGGCGGCAGAAUGGGGACUGAGUUUGGGCGGCAACAGCAUCAACGGCGGCAUCACCGCUCCCUUGCCGCUGCAAAGCUCGCACCGACUGCCACUCUAAUGCCGUUCUCGAGCUCUGCCAUUUCACGCACCCCUUCCCCGAACGUGAGUCCUCCUACCUGUGGUUUGUUCCGCAAUUUUAGUUGUUGAUUUUGAAUUGUUGGAAGUUUUCGGUGAAGAGCCGUUUGAAGUAACGAUUUUGUUGAGUUUGUUUGGAAGUUUUGCUGGUUUUGGUGUUAUGGGUUCGUUUCAUUAAUGGGUUUCAGAGCUGCCGGUGGCGUGGGCGGUGGCGUUCGUCUCUUGAAUGGGGAAAGGGGGUUUUGUCUAUGAAAAUAACUCUGAAGAGAAUAGGAAACAUGAUAUGUGUGUUUUCGUCUUAGUCUCAUUUUGAGUGAUAUACUGAUGUGUCCAUUUUCUAUUGGAUGGCACAAAGGAACUAAUUUAUGCCAGAUCUUACCGAGGUUAUUCUCUUUCUCAAAACACCCAACCAUUCAUGAAAUCCAUAAACCUUUUUCCCGCCAUUUUCCAACUGCCAGACAACUGCAAAACCUAGUCUCGUCAACCCAGAAAAGCACAGCUCUCACUGAGGAGUUGUGUGGUAACAUAUUGGACGAACACCCAGAUAUCAAAACCCUGAAGAAACUCCAUUCCAGGAUCAUUGUUGAUCAAUGUCUCCACUCAAACCCUUCCCUUGGCAUCAAACUAAUGAGGGCUUACGCGAGUCAUGGGGAACCCAGUCUCACACACCAAGUAUUUGAUGAAAUUCCUGAGAAGAACGUUGUUUUCUUUAAUGUCAUGAUAAGAAGUUAUGUAAACAACCAUUUGUAUUGUGAUGCUCUUCUUGUUUACAAAACCAUGGCUAGCCAUGGAGUUGAGCCUGAUAAUUAUACAUACCCUUGUGUGUUGAAAGCAUGUUCUGGGUUGGAUGAUUUGAGGGUUGGCUUGCAAAUUCAUGGUGCUGUUGUGAAAGUUGGGCUAGAUUUGAAUUUGUUUAUCGGCAAUGGUCUUGUUUCAAUGUAUGGGAAAUGUGGUUGUUUAGUGGAGGCUCGGCGAGUUCUUGAUGAGAUGCCGAGCAGAGAUGUGGUUUCCUGGAAUUCGAUGGUUGCUGCGUACGCACAAAAUGCACAGUUUGACGAGGCAUUAGAGGUUUGUAAAGAAAUGGAGACGUUGAGGCUAAAACCAGAUACUGGUACAAUGGCUAGCCUCUUGCCAGCUGUAACUAACACAACGUCUAAUAAUGUUUCAUAUGUUAAGGACAUGUUCAUGAAGUUGGCAAAAAGGAGUGUGGUUUCAUGGAAUGUGAUGGUGGCGGUGUAUGUUAAUAAUUCAAUGCCUGGUGAAGCGGUCAAUUUAUAUUUACAGAUGGAAGCAUGUGGGAUAGAACCCGAUGCAGUUACUAUUGCUAGUGUUCUUCCUGCUUGUGGGGAUCUUUCAGCUCUGUCUCUAGGUAGACGGGUGCAUGAAUAUGUUGAGAGGAAGAAACUUCGACCAAAUUUGUUUUUGGAGAAUGCCUUGGUUGACAUGUAUGCUAAGUGUGGAAGUUUACGGGAUGCAAGAGAAGUAUUUGACAGAAUGAAGUUCCGGGAUGUUGUAUCAUGGACCUCAGUGAUCUCUGCAUAUGGUCUUAAUGGGCAGGGUCGUGAUGCUGUGGCACUUUUUGCAAAAAUGCAAGAUUCAGGUCUGCGUCCGGAUUCUAUUGCCUUUGUUUCAGUUAUCUCGGCUUGCAGCCAUGCAGGACUGUUGGAGGAGGGUCGAUAUUACUUUAAAUUGAUGACUGAGGAGUAUAGGAUAAUUCCAAGGAUCGAACACUUUGCUUGCAUGGUAGAUCUCUUAGGACGUUCUGGACAAGUAGCUGAGGCCUACUGUUUCAUCAAGCAGAUGCCAGUGGCGCCUAACGAGAGAGUUUGGGGGGCUCUCCUGAGUGCCUGUCGGGUGUACUCGAACAUGAAUGUUGGGCUUUUAGCUGCUGAUCAUCUUUUUGAGCUGGCUCCUGAGCAGUCAGGUUAUUAUGUCUUGUUGUCCAAUAUAUAUGCAAAGGCUGGUAGAUGGCAAGAUGUAACGACUAUCCGAUCAAUAAUGAACAGUAGAGGAAUUAAGAAAAUGCCUGGCAUCAGCAACGUUGAGCUCAAUCAUCGGAUUCACACCUUUCUUGCUGGUGACCAAUCACAUCCUCAGUCCGAGGAGAUAUAUGAAGAGUUAGAUGUAUUAGUGGGGAAGAUGAAAGAAUUAGGUUAUGUUCCUGAGACUGAUUCUGCUCUACAUGAUGUGGAGGAGGAGGAUAAGGAGUGUCAUCUGGCAGUUCAUAGUGAGAAGUUGGCUAUUGUCUUUGCCAUACUGAACACUGAGCCUGGGAUGCAAAUUAGAAUUACCAAGAAUCUCCGUGUUUGUGGGGAUUGCCACAUUGCAGCCAAGCUAAUCUCCAAGAUAGUCAAACGUGAAAUAAUCGUCAGGGAUACUAAUCGUUUUCACCAUUUCAAUAAUGGUAUUUGCUCAUGUGGUGAUUAUUGGUGAACCUUCAUUGGAGUACUUGUCACUUGCACUGUUGCUUGGAGCUUCUUUAGGCCUUUUCUCAUUAACAGUUAUUCGGAAAUUGCAGUCUUUAGAUCAUGAGAUCGUGGAUGAUUUUGGCUGGCUGCAGCUGUCAUCCUUGACCUUUACAUGAUCACCAAUCCUCACCCUUGUAAUGAUCUACUGCCAGAAACCUGCACUGCCUAAGUCCCAGCAUCCAUAUUUCCCAUAUUUUCAUUUUCCUAUCUGGAUAUAUGAUCAAUUGAAUGUAUAUUGCAGUCUGGGUGAUUUUAAUUUCUUAGGGGUACUGUGUGAGCAGUGCCAAAUAUGACUUUACUAUGUAGGAAGUAGAAUUCAUAUACUUUGUGUGAGACGUGCAUGGCUGCAAUUGGGUACAACUCCAAGUCCAAAUACCAAAAAUUGAUCAGAAAUCAGAGUAAUGGUAACAGGCAAGAGAUGUAUCAUGGAAAAAUGGAGCUCUUGCUGACUAGAAUAUACAUGUGCCGAAGAUUCUUCUGCUGGUUGCUUAGAAAACUGCAUGCUGCCUAGAGGGUUUUUUUCUUCUUCGUUGAAGUUCAGUCCAGCUGACUGGCUUAAGGAAAUCCCAUCUCUGCGCUCCUGACCUUGACCCCAAAAUUGGGUUGUGAUCUGUUAGAUUGGUUGUUUGUGGUGUCUUUCACUGACCUUCCAGUGAAACAAUUCCACCAAAUAUAUAUCUCAGGAUUUUAUAGCUAAAUAAUGGUGGCUGAUAAAAUGUGAGAAAGUAGAAUAUGAAUUCAGAUCUUUUAUUAUUUUUGUCGCCAAGAAAAUUAUUAUAAUUCUGCAUCCUAGAUUUCCAAAUAUUUUGCUUGCUGAUUACAUCCUAAUACAGCUAGCUUUCAUCCAUAUAUGUUGAAUUGCAAGAGUUCUAAUGGGAUCC